AUGUGGACGCAAAUACAUCUUUAUCUUCUGAGAACACGCACUCUCAAAAUGAGUUACAACUCAGUAUUAGCCAGGAAAUGGCGGGAGAUUUCUUCACCCUUGUGGCAAGCCUUAUGUUUUAUAUUUCUGUUUUCUUGUUUUAUUAAAAGAACAGUUUUGGGGUCAGUUCGGUCAAACUGGUUGCCACUCGGUUAUACAUAGGGUUUGUCGUAUAUGAUUGUAAAUACUCUGUAGGGUACACCCUGGAUUGGUCGCCAGUUUGUUGCAUAUACAGCACGAAUACUCCUACACCCUUCAGCACUCACAUUCACACAUAUGGCAAUUUAACUUUUCCAUUAAUCUAACUUGCAUUUUUUGGGAAUGUCUGAGGACGCUUCACCACUCAGAGAAAAACAUGGGAGAAACAUGGGAAUAAUUUUCAAUUGGGACAUUCAACGAAUUUGAACUGUACCACACAACAGUGAGGCAUAUAUGCUAACUAAUACUCCACUGUUCCCACGAUUUUUUUAUCAUCCAAUUUGAAAAGUCUGUAAAGCUCGACAAUUUUGUGUGCAAAUAUCAAGCAAAUGUAGCGGUUGUCUAAUAUUGUUGAUUUAACAACAGUAAGAUACUGAGAGUGUGCACUAGAUGGCAGCACUCACACGGGUAUAAACCAGUGGAAGUAAACAUGGUGAGGACUCAGAUGACAAAAAAGGCCAUCAGUAUUUGCAGUGCAAUGUAUCAUGAGAGUUACAAGCAAAAACAAACAAACAAAAAAAACAAAAAACAAUCACAUUGUAUUUAUACUUUUAUUUUUAUGUUUGAGAUGUUUCAGUUACACACGCUUUAUGGAACAAUAUUCAUGCUAUUGUGUUUUGAAAAGAUGAAUUAGCACUUUUAGUUAUUAAAAUGAUUACAUUUUAUGGCUGAAUGUGAACUAACGGUACAUGAAUUUUUGAAAAACUGGCUUGAUACAAGUUCAUGAUCACAAGCCAUGACCAAAGAUGUCUGCUUGUAGACUAGGGCAGCAACAUUCCUGCUUUAUGAAUUCUUCAUGAUAUAACAGUUCCUCCAUGAAUAUUGAUGUGCUGUUACCAUCCCAUUAGUGCUCCGCAGAGCUCAGGGCGGGAGCACAAACAAAAACUGUGGGGACCGUGCUUCCGUGCAUGCACUCAAGAUUCAUAUUUUGCAACCUUUUUCUAGCGGCGUGUAGCUUUAUAUAAGAUGCUGGAGGGAAGCGCUCUAUGAUGUGUAACAUGCACCCAGAUACAGUGCUGAAAGUCAAAGGGAGAUGAUUUGGGCGGAUGCAGUAUGGGACUUUAUUACGUAAUCAUUGAGUGACGGUGCCAGAGAGGGAUAAAGAUGUUCCAAACAAACAUAGUCCUUUCCCCACCCCCACCACUGUGCAAUCUACUGGAGCUGAAGGAUGUGCUGCACCAUCAUACGAGUACAUGUGCCAUUUUGUGGCACAGCAAAGGAGGAUGAAAAACGAAGGGCAUAUGUCACUUUUUUUAGGGUGUGUCUGCUGUGUGUGAGUGUGAGCCUGUCUCUGUGAGUCUGUGGUACAGUCUGGCUUUGUCUCAGGGGAUUGUGGGUCUGCAAGUGCCGCUCCUCCCCUCCUGGUUGUGUCUCCAGUUGCUCUCCUGGGUCCAGCCCAACACCUGCUCCUUGCAUCAGUACAUGGCAGUCUCCUAAGCAACUGAACUGUAGCACAACUGCCUCAUAUGCCCAUUGUUUUUCUCUCAUAGACCAGAAUACGUCCAAAUGAGAUGAGCAGAACAAAUAAACCAAGUACGGGCUUUCCCUCUCCAUCAGGGCAGGCUUAGUUGGGUCUUUUCCGGGAAUGCAUUAGUUAAUGUUUAACACCACUUUGAACGCUCUGACGUGGUAUCACUUUGCACUGUGACUAAAGUCUACAAGAGAAGAGUGACUUUUUUUGUGCUGGACUGGAGGUAUAUUUCUGGGGGCUUUCUUCAGAGGACCGGUGGAUUUUGGAUCUUUGGAUUAACAGGAUCACUGAUUUACUGUACCUACCAUGACAACAGAGGCAAGUGCCGUAAGCGAGGCGGAUACUGAAGGCAAGCAGAAGGCAAGCACUGCUGAACCUGAACCUGAGAACAAGCAGAGUCCCGAGGCAACAGCAUCUGAGCCAGAGGGGGAGCAGUCCAGUAAGAAGGCACAAGGACAGGCGGCUGAGCCUGGCGCUGCAGAUGCAGCCUCCUCCCCUGAAGAGGAGCAGCUGAAGCCUCGCACCCGAACCUCGGCUGGCAAAGGCCUGUCUCGCCUCUUUUCUUCUUUUCUUAAACGCCGUUCGCAGUGUUCAGAAGGAGAGGGCUUUGAAGCAGAGAAAGCAAGGGAGGAAAAAGAAGCUGCUGAAGUAGAAGAAGUAAAGGAAGAAAAAAAGAAAACCGAAGAGAAGGAUGCUCUUCCUGAGGAGACUGACUCAAAAGAGAUAAAAAAGAGUGAAGAGAAACCGCAAAAGGAGGAAAAAAAGACUGAGCCAGAGAAAAUAGAAAAGAAAGGCAGUAAGAAGAAAAAGAAAGAAACCAAGAAGAAAACUGUGGAAAGUGACACAGAAAAAGUGAAAGCCACAGAGGAGAAAAACGAAGAGGAGCAAGAGAAGAAGGAAGAGGAGGAGAAGACUGAGCAAAAGGAAGAGGCAAAGGCAGUCGAAGCUGUAGAAAAAGAAGAAAAACAAGAAGAGAAAAAGAAGAUAACUACUGAAGAAAAAGCUACUGAAACAGAUCCAGAAAGGGAAACUAAAGAGGAGGAAAAGGUUGAUAAAAAAGGAGUAAAGAAAAAGGAAAAAGAGGAAAGAGUAAAGAAAAAGGAAGAAGAGAAAGCUAGAAAAAAGGCAGAGGAAGAAGAAAAGGCAAAGAAAAAGGAGGAGGAGAAAGAGAAGAAGAGAGAGGAAGAAAAGGCAAAAGAGGCUGAAAAAGCAAAGAAAAAAGAGGAAGAAAAGGCAAAAAAGAAAGAGGAAGAGGAGAAGUCAAGGGAGGAGAAAUUAAAAAAGAAGGAGGAGGAAAAAUUGAAAGAGACCAAAAAGAAGGAGGAGGAAAAAUUGAAGGAGGCCAAAAAGAAAGAAGAGGAAAAAUUGAAGGAGGCCAAAAAGAAAGAGGAGGAAAAGUUAAAGGAGGCCAAAAAGAAAGAGGAGGAAAAUUUGAAGGAGGCCAAAAAGAAAGAGGAGGAAAAAUUGAAGGAGGCCAAAAGGAAGGAGGAGGAAAAAUUGAAGGAGGCCAAAAAGAAAGAGGAGGAAACAUCAAAAGAGGCCAAAAAGAAAGAAGAAGAAAAAUCCAAAGAGGCUAAAAAGGACGAAGAAAAAGGCAAGAAGACAGAUGAUAAACAGGAAGAAGACAAAGGCAAGAAAAAAGAAAAAGUAAAAAAAGGAAAGAAGGAAAAGGAGAAAGGGUCAAGUGAGACACAAGUCACAGCACCAAUUGCUGCCCCAGAACCAGAACUUAAAACUGAGCCUGAAACUGAGCAAGCUCAAGAUCAACGCUCAGUCAGCAGCGCAGAGAUGCAACCAGCUCCAGAGGAACCCAAGGAAGAAGCUGCAAUCAAGGAGGAGCCCGAAGAAGUAGCGAAAGAGGAAGAGGAUGCAGAGAAGAAAGAUGAAGAAGCAGAGGAGGAAGAAGCAAAGGGAGAUGAUAAGCCCAAGGUGGAGACCAAGGAGGAAAAGCCAUCUAAGGAAAAGAAGGCUGAGAAGAAGGGUGACGAUGCCAAAGGCUCCAAACGACAGAAAACCAUUCAGUGCAAAGUCACUUUACUGGAUGACACUCAAUUUGAGUGUGAGCUUGAUAAACAUGCUAAAGGACAGGAGCUCGUCACCAAGGUGUGUGACAAUCUCAACCUGCUGGAGAAAGAUUAUUUUGGUCUAGCUCAUUGGGAAACACCAACCAGCAAAACAUGGCUUGAACCCGCCAAGGAGAUCCGUAAACAGGUACCAGGUGCGAUCUACGAGUUUACUUUCAACAUAAAGUUCUAUCCUCCUGACCCGGCACAGCUUACUGAAGACCUUACAAGGUACUAUCUGUGUCUUCAGCUGAGGAAGGAUAUCAUGAAUGGCGUUCUUCCAUGUUCCUUUGUCACCCUUUCCCUGCUUGGCUCUUACACUGCACAGUCAGAGCUUGGUGAAUAUGACCCAGAACUCCAUGGAGCUGACUAUGUUAAAGAUCUUAGUCUUGCUCCUGGACAGAGCAAAGAGCUGGAGGAAAAGGUGAUGGAGUUGCACCGAACAUAUAGGUCAAUGAGUCCAGCCCAGGCAGACAUGCUCUUCCUGGAAAAUGCCAAGAAACUUGCAAUGUACGGUGUGGACCUUCACCAAGCAAAGGAUCUUGAUGGUGUUGACAUUACACUUGGAGUUUGCUCUGGUGGUCUGAUGGUCUAUAAAGACAAGCUGAGAAUCAACCGUUUCCCUUGGCCUAAAGUUCUCAAGAUCUCUUACAAACGCAGCAGUUUUUUCAUCAAGAUCCGACCAGCUGAGCAAGAGCAGUAUGAAAGCACAAUCGGCUUCAAACUACCGAACUACAAGGCAUCGAAGAAAUUGUGGAAAGUUUGCGUCGAACAUCACACCUUCUUCAGGGUUUCAGCUAUCGAGCCUCCCUCGUCACGUCGUUUCCUCGUUCUGGGCUCCAAGUUCAGGUACAGCGGUCGCACCCAGGCCCAGACUCGGCAAGCAAGCUCGAUGAUCGACCGCCCUGCCCCCCGCUUCACACGUUCUGCAAGCAAACGCCUCUCCCGCAAUUUAGAUGGAGACCAGACUCUCCGGAAUGAGGUUGAUGACUGGUCAUCGAUACUUGCUUCCGAAACCCCCCACCCUGUCCUCCACUUUCUAGCCAGAAGUGAGUCUGAAGGGACAUUUAUUCAGUCCAGGAAUACUCAGGCAGGCAGUCUGCCGUGGUGGGAGCUUUCAUCUGAUGCACAGCUACUGACAAGAAAAGAAGAUCAAUGGGCUACCUUGGUCCAAAGAGAUCCUCCUUUUCCAUUUUCUCCAUCUUUUGAUUGUGUAAAACAGCCAGCUAAGCUUAGCUUGGCAAACAUGAGCUCUAUUGACAGGCUUUUGCAACCAGCACAUGAAAAGCACCAUGAUUGGUUCCUCAACUUUGAUCAAAUCACCAGCUCGUCAUUGUAUAAGCAUGUCGAUAAACCACGACCUGAGUUACUGUUUGAUGACCAGCCACAGGUGGAGGAUGAGAAGAUUUUGUGUGUCAAGGAGGAAGAAUUGACAGAGAAGGAGGUCAUUGAGAGGCUACAGGAGAUGGUGAUGAUGAUUGACAAACUCGAAGAGAUAGAAGAUUUGGAGAAGAGACUGAGGAAAGUUAAAGAUUUAGAAGAUAGAUUACAGGAUGUGGAAGAGAUGUCAGAUAGGAUCCAGGAAGUGAUAGAAGAGGAACUAGGUGAACAUGAAGUUGCCAAACUGAAGGAAGAAGAAAUACAGAAAGAAAGUAAAGCCAUUACACAGACUGUGUUGAGAAAUUCUGUGAUGAGAGUGAAAAACAUGAAUGAGGGAGAUGAUCGUGAUGAGUUAGAAGAGCAAAUAAAAGAAGUGUUUUUAAAGGGUCUUUUGCCUGAGGAAGAUGAUUCUGAGAAAGGAAAAAUUGAACAUUUGUUUGAUUAUAGCCUGAGAGAGAAACUACGUCAGAUAGAAGAUGAAUGGAAAGAUGAGGUUGAAGAAAAAAACAGUAGUUCCUCUUUUCAGGUAGCUUAUCAGAGGGUGGUAAAAACUAAGAAGAAAGUUGCUUUUGUGGAUCAGAAGCCAGAGAGGCUUGAUGCAAUGGAAGAUGCCCUUCUAAACAUAAUCUCGGAAAAGAACUUCCAAUUCGCAGAGGUUCGAUUGGAGACCAAAAUGUUAGAGGAAAGAGCGAAGAAGAAAGUCACUGAGGUUAAAGAUGGCUCUUCACGAGACAAAGAUAAGGAUAUAUGGUCCAUGCUAUUGGACCGUGUGCCGUACACACCUUUUGUCAAACCUGAAGCCGCAUCAGUGAAACGUGUAGAGUUCAACGAGGGGGAGGUUUUCACAUCAAAAUCAGUAGUUGCACCAUUUGAGGAAAAAAGGGUCUUACUAGAAGAACAAUCUGUAGAAGUGUCAAGACAGACCUUUGUUGAAAGAGAAGAUGACUGGUUUGUCUUGCUGGAUUGUAUUUCCAGAUAUUUAAAACCAGUUACCUUAAAGGAUACAGGCGAGAUGGAGGCAAAAAGUGUGAUGUCUGUGGUUUCAAAGUACGAGGAGGUUAGGGAGCUGCAACUUGAAGAGAGGGAAGAGGCACCGACAUCUUUUCAAGAAGUUCCUCAACGUUGGGUGGAAGAGGGUGACGACGACUGGUUUGUUUUACUGGAUGUUGUUUCCAAGCAAACCACUUAUGUAGCACCAGCUGCUGUCAAUUUGCCUGCCAAAGAAGAUCUCUCUCUGACUGAUGUAGCAGUUGAAAUAAGAGACAAAUCCAUGAAUGUGGUAGUGGUCGACGAAACGGAAACAAAUGAGUAUCCGAGCCAAAAGGAUGUCACUAUGCUGUCACAGAUUGUAAGAGAAAUAGACGAUUGGUUUUUAUUACUGGAUCUUCCCUACAGAGUACCACAAUUUGUGCCACCAGGUAGUGCUGACCUCACACAUGUUAUCCUUAAUACAAGUAGCUGUCACUGCUUUAAUAAUUCCCAUCCUUCUUUUUGUCAAGUGACCUUGGCUGGCUAUGUUCAGUCUUAUGCAGAAAAAAGCAUUUCAACUGUGGUUGAAGAAAGAGUACAGGUUGAAUUAGAAGAAAUACAAAAAGAAGAGACUCCUCAGAAAGUGUAUCCAGAGCUAAAAGUAUUCCCACCGGUCAUAAAGAUGGAGGAUGACUGGUUUUCACUGUUGGAUGUUGUUCCCAGAGAAAUUGCCUUUGUACCUCCAGUUAACAAACAAGUGGCAUCAAACAUCUAUCAGGAUGUUGGACCUGUAAUUGAAGUUAAAGGCAUAGAGCUGAAACCGCUACCAGUUGGUUUGGACCAGAUGAGAGUGCAGCCAUUCUAUCCACAACCAGAGAAAGAUGAUGACUGGUUUGUGGCAUUUGAUGCGAUUCGUGACGAGGCAGUUAUACCACAACCACCAGAUGCCCCUUUUGAAAUUGCUUCAGCUUUCACGGAGCCGUUUGAGGCUGAUGUGUUAACCACAGAGCUUACAACAUGGGAGAUGGUGAUAAUUGGCGAAAACACUAAACAUGAUGAGACUCGUCUUUCGGAAAUGAGACCACUUGUAUGUGCAUCAGGGAGAGAAGAAAAUGAUGAUUGGUUUCUAUUGUUCCAACAACAAAUCUUCCCAGAAAAGACCGCUCCAAUAUUGUCAGUUGCUGUAGAGAAUAUUUUGGAUGUUGCCACAGCAAAAGCAACAAUACAAAAAUCCAGCAUAGAAGAAGUUGGGUUGCCACUGCCAUUGAAGUUAGUUGAAAUUCAACCACAACUGCGAGAGCUGGAUGAUGACUGGUUUGUGUUUUUAGAGGCAGUAAAAGUGCCAGUCGUAGUCGCUGAAACUGUCCAAAGGUAUCCUGAUGUAGCGGUAUCUAAAGCUUUUCCAGUCACAGAACAGAAAUCCUCACAGACAAUUGCUGCUGUGGAGCGGAUGUGGAUGCAAGAUGUGUUGCAGCAGCAACCAUGUCAGACUGAGAGAAAAAUAGAGGAUGAUUGGUUUACUCUUCUAGAUGUGGCUUCUAAGAAAACAGCUGCCAUCCCUGAGCGCCUCAGAUUCAUGGGGGAAGUUCCAAAGGUUGUAGCAUCUGAGACCAAACCGAUGAUUUCUAUUGUCAAGACAAGACCCCAGUUUGAGAAACAGAUCCAGGAAGAAAGACGCUCCUUCAAACAUACUCAUGUCAAUGACGAUUGGUUUGUUCUACUAGAUGCUGGCCCCAGAAAGUCAGUGGUGGUCACGCAAAGAAGUGCCCGUCCUGUCAGUGCUCCAGUCUUCUCUCAAGCUGCUCUGGCAGAGGCUGGAAUUCCAAUGGCACCCUUCGAUCAGCCCCAGACCUCCACUCCAAUUAGGACAGGCAUCAAAGAAGAAAGACAGCUCGAGGUCACUUUAGAAGUUGUUGAGCCAUCCAAAACGGAGGACAAGUCAGCAGUAUGGACUGACCAGAGAACUGACUCCUCAAUGACACUUUCCAUCAAUGGGGACAUUCAGUCUGAGGUGACGAGCAGAGAGGUGGUGCAGUUGCGAAAGAAAAAAGCUAAGAAAAUUGAGGGUGACUCAAUUUAUAUGAGACAUAGCCUUUUAAUGUUGGAGGAGUUUGAUAAGCCUCAAGAGGACCUGCUCAGGCACCAUGCCAGUAUCAGUGAGCUAAAGAGGAACUUUAUGGAAGCUGUACCGGAGACCAGGCCUAGCGAAUGGGACAAGCGUCUGUCAACACAUUCACCAUUGCGUACUCUUGGUGUUAAUGGGCAGCCCAGUGCAGAUGGGAGCGAGCACAUUAGUCCCAUGCGCAAAGGUACAGAGACCAAGGCAGUACUUGAGGAAACGUCCAUGAACAAGUCCAGUCCCACUGUUAGCCUUGGUCGUAGUGCCAUGGUUCCCAGAAUUGCUUUUGACAAGUCAUGCGAUCAGGAAACUCUUGUGGUAAUUGAAUCCUCCGUGGUGCCAAUGGUAGAGGUGGAGAUGGUGCAACUGCCUCCCUCUUUCGACUCCAGCAGUAACUACUUAAAUGAAACCCACAAAGAAGACUGUUCAUGUCCCAGACUUUCGGAGCACUCUGAGACUCUUGUUGGAUAUUCCCCUGCUUCCUAUUUCAGAAGCGUUGCUCCACAGGUCAUACGCAGCCUCCAGCCCCCUCUGGUGCAGACCCAGACAGUCACCAUCACAGCUGUCCCCAACUCCUUACCCAGUGGCAUCCCUACCACAGAGGUCCCUAUCGUCCCAACCAAGACCGUCACCUACGAGUCUGCAAAGGGUGCCGUUGAUGGGACAGAAGAGGACAAAGAAAAUACAGAGUCCAUCUCUCAGAUCUCUGAAUCCACCAGUGGCACCACCAUAACUACUACCACCACACACAUCUCAAAGAUAGUGAAAAGUGGCUCCUCAGAGACUCGCGUGGAGAAAAGAAUCGUCAUAACUGCUGACAGUGACGUUGACCAAGAUAAGGGCAAAGAUGGCGGCGCAUCAGCAUUGUAACUGACGCACCACAAGCAGCUACUUCUUUGAUCUCGCACAUCCCUUGGUCAGAGUGCAGCACUCAAUACACACCAACUAACCCACUCUUAACGCACACACACACAUAUCUCUGAAUGUGCACCCUGUAGCAGAAUCUGAGUAGAUCGUGUUUGUUUUUUCUCUUUAUGAUUUGAGCUGUUCCUAGAAAGUUAGAGGAGGGCUGCACCGUGCUGAUCGAACCUCACCUCAAAGUGUUUGAAAAGCUUCUCAGAUCCACAUCCAUUGUUUUUAAACCUAUUUCUCUUUUUCUCCAGUUGUAGCAAAUGAUUCUUUUUGAACAUGUUUACUUCCCUUUUUAUUUUUUGUUUUACAAAUGCACUGUUUCAAAGUUAAGUUCCAUUGUCAGUGUUCGUUCCUUUGGUACUACUUGGAACAUUAAGUCUAUUCUCAAGGGAAGUUUUCUUUCCUGUUGUCUAUUCAUGCAUUACAUUCAGGAUAACAUUGUGUGGAUUAAGUUUCACAUUGAUUAAUUAGGACGUUUUUUGGUUUUGCUCAGGAAAACUAACCAAAAUUUCCUUCUCUUAUGACCAGCUGACAACCUGUAGCCUACACGUUCUUGUAAAGUUUGAAUUAAAACUUGAUCUAUUUUGACAUAUUUCUGGAGUUUAUAGGUUAAAGCUUUUAUAGUAUUUGUACAAAUUGAAAAUUUUAAGUUAUUCAUAUCCCCCACUGAUUUAACAUUGUGCUGUUGACUGAUUUUGACAUCUCCAUUGAAGACUUUCUUCCAUGAUUUGCUUUUACGCAAUCCCUUUUGUGGAACACCGUGUUAAUCAGCUCGCCAUUCAUUAGCCGUGGUAACGUUGUGCUUCCCUCAGGCAUGAAAUUCUGAAUACAUUCGAUUGAUGCGCGUUUAAAACUUUGGUCUGUUUCUCUCAGGUUUUAAUAUACUUUACAAGACCACAGACCUCAAUCGGAAUGUAUGACGAAUGUCCAUUUAUUCAUUGUUCCCAACAUUCAUGUUCUGCCGUGUAAAGUCAUUUGAAGAGCCAGUUCUCAUGAGAAUUUUAGAGGAAUGCGUGCAAAAGGGGGAUUACUUACUUUGAACGGCUUCCUUCUGAAUAAUAUAUUUUAGAAAUAUGUUUUCAUGAUUCUGAAUAUUCUCCCCAAAAGCCCUCUUCUUACUCUCAUUUACAUUAAUGGGAAUAUACAUUUUACGUUCAGACGUAGUGACACUAAUGUUGCUGUAAAACAGUCAAAUAUGACCGAAUAUUACGCGUAACCUUUUGUACAAUUUCCAUCUAAACUCUUAUGAGAACACGUUGCGCUUGUGGCUUACCUAAGUAAAGCGCAAUUGGAAAGUGAAGGCAGCUGUCCUGUUAAAUGUGGCUUUUUUUUUUUUUUUUUUUUGGUCAUAGAGCACAAUUUUGUUUUUUUGUUUUUUACAUGUUCUACUAUACAGUAACUUAUUUGUAAAGUAGCAACUGUUUCAUGUGAUUUGAUGUACUGUGAUGUUUCAAGGAAAAAGCUGCUUUCCAAGCUUCCAUUUAGAGAUGUCACAAAGUUUAUAUCAAGAAAGUUUGUAAAGCCUUUUACCACAUAGUCUAAGUAGAUUUGCUCUCACUUGCUGUCUAAUGUACUUUUCUGUAGAACAUAGAAGUUGUCUAACACACCUGGCCCUUUUUAGACCACGUGAUUCUUAGUAUUGUACGCAAACUUGGUAGCUACAACAACAGCAACCUCCCCAGAAGAAACUUAGAAUUUCACAUGGGAAAAAUAGAUUUUAGAUGGCAGAAAAUAUUGUUGCUUUGUGAUUCUUCUUUGUCUUUUAUUAAAAAAAAAACAUUCAAAUAAGCAUUAUUCUGCCUCUUAAUGGUCUAUUUUCACUUUAUACCGUGCAAAGUAGGAAUUAAAUGUUUCACCAAUGCUAUUCCAUAAAGCAGUGAUUCCCAACUGCGGCGACACCACACGGUGCUGUUAUUUAUUACUACAAUACAAAUACUGCCUUUUUAUUAAUCUCAAUACAGAAUGCCACCUACAUCAUAUGCAAGAUACAAGAAUCAAAAUUCUUCAAGUGCAUAAUUUGGCUGUCCACAUUUCUGUGUAUUUGUAUGCAAGUUUUUCAAUAAAAUAUGGUUUAGCUUCAAUAAAGGCUGGGUAAUACUGAGAUGGAGAACAACACAUUUAGCAAUGUCCGUUAAACAAGCAAGAUUUAGUAAUUAUACACGAAAUCUUGAGUUCAUCAUCAAUGUUAUGAUGUAAAAAAGCUGCGAUUCUUGCUUUGGCACAAUUCAGCAGAGGUGGCUAGCAG